AUGGACCUUGCCUAUAGAUAUCAGCUUUUGCCCAUGUCAUUCUCAUGCCUAACUACAAUCAUUCUUCUAUUAGGGAGUGUCCUAGCUUUAGUAAAAGAUGGCCAAGAGAUUGAUCGAUUGGCUUUAUUAGAAUUCAAGACUCGAAUAGCUGAUCCUAGUGGGGUUUUGAGCUCAUGGAAUGAUUCUAGCCACUUUUGCGAUUGGGAUGGUGUCACUUGCGGUCGCAAACACCGAAGAGUCACCAUACUAGACCUUGGCUCCAAGAACUUAUCCGGGGUCGUGCCGCCCCAUAUUGGUAAUAUGAGCUUUCUGAGGGGAGUCAAUCUGGAGAACAACAGUUUUCAUGCCAAAAUUCCCCCACAUUUUGGCCGCUUGCUUCGGUUGCAGAAGUUGUCCCUUAAUAACAACUCAUUCAGCAGUCAAAUCCCUUCGAAUCUCUCGUAUUGCUCUAAUCUGCUCGUUCUUGACUUAGGCAUCAACAUGCUCAAAGGAAAUUUGCCAAUAGAAUUGGGUUCAUUGUCCAAGCUCCAAGAACUUAUACUUCAAGUCAACAGCUUGAUGGGAAACAUCCCGCCGUCUAUUGGAAACUUAUCAUCUCUUCAAAUGUUUGCAACAUCAGAGAAUAACUUCGGUGGUAUGAUCCCAAAGACUCUUGGCCAGCUGAGAAAUCUAGAGUUCCUCCUUCUCGCUGUAAAUAAAUUUGUCGGUACAAUUCCUAUCUCAAUCUUCAAUAUAUCCAGUGUGGAAGGGCUUGAUGUAGGUGAAAACCAAUUAGAAUGGGGUUUACCUGGCGACUUAGGCUUCACUCUUCCAAAUAUCGAGAUUAUCAGUAUGGGUGACAACCACCUCAUUGGACCCAUUCCCGAGUCAAUAUCCAACGCCUCUAACCUCGAGGUUUUGAAUGUUUCCAACAACCAAUUGUUUGGUCAAAUCCCAAAAUUUCUAGAGUCGCUAAAUCUGACGAAUUUGAGCCUAUCUUACAAUGAUUUUGAGGGCGCAUUACCUACAGGAGGAUUUUUCAAAAGUGCCAUUUCAACUUUGGUCAUGGGAAACAAGAAGCUUUGCGGGGGUCUCCCGGAUUUUCAACUACCGAAAUGCUACUAUAAAGAGUUAAAACGGACGAGAAUAAGUGGAAUUGCCAAAAUUCUUUUAUCUACAGUCUCUACUCUUGUUGGAGUAGCUUGCAUACUGUCUUUGUUAUACUUCUUCUGGUUUAGACACAAUAAGAACGCAUCAGCAUUAAGCUCUUCUGAAGAUGGGUUUUUGCAUGUUUCUUAUCAUAAUCUCCUAAAAGCAACAGGUGGAUUCUCCUCCACCAAUUUGCUUGGCAUGGGCAAUUUUGGGUCCGUUUGCAGAGGGCUGCUUGAUCAAACUCAAUCGGUUGUGGCCAUCAAGAUUCUCGACCUUACAUGUGAUGGAGCUUCCAAGAGCUUCAUAGCCGAGUGCGAGGUUUUGAGAAGAAUCCGACACCGUAAUCUCGUGAAGGUACUCAUGGCAUGUUCUGGGUUUGAUUUUAAUGGAAAUGAUUUCAAGGCACUUGUCUACGAAUUCAUGUCAAACGGAAGCUUGGAUGAGUGGUUGCACCCAACUGCAUCACAAUAUAUAGAGAGAAACAAUUUGAGUCUACUUGAGAGAGUGAAUAUUGCAAUCGAUGUUGCUUGUGCACUAGAUUAUCUCCAUCAUCACUAUGAAAUGCCAAUAGUUCAUUGUGAUCUAAAGCCAAGUAAUGUCCUUCUUGACGAUGAAAUGAAUGGACAUGUAGGUGAUUUUGGGCUUGCUAGGUUCCUUCCAGAAGCAACACAUAAGUUGGUAGCAGAUCAAUCGAGCUCUGUCGGAGUAAAGGGAUCUUUUGGCUACAUAGCUCCGGGUAAUGAAGCACACCUUGGGUCAUUCAGUUUGUUUCUUUGAACACAUAAUUGUAGA